GCCGCCAUGUUCUUAAGGAGAGUGAGUUGAGGGAAAGACGAAGCCACCCUGUCAAUCAUAAUUAAGGAACCACGGGAGUAAACUGGUAGGGAAGCUCGGCGGAACCACUGUGUUUACGGUGAAGAUUGUUUUAAUUUGCGCAGAAACGACAACUAUGCACCGGUACACUGUGGGACAUUUACAUCGCCCAACUGGGAAUCGCUCCACUUUGACGGGAAUUAGCAUGAAGCGUUACAUAUAACAACAAAAAAAACUUAGCGACUCUCAGUUGCCUGCGCCUGUUUUUUGCCCCCACAGCGUUCCAGUUUGAGCAAAAUACACAAGUCACCGUUGAUAUUUGUACAAAAGGCGGUGCCGCGGAGGUUUAUAUCAACUCCGAGCUCAGGAUAUAUCCGUCUGUUUGACUACAACUCGUGGAAAAUCUGGUCUGUGCAUUUCAGAGAACUGCCUUGUCGGUGAGUCGACUUUCGAUGAAGGAGUGACGGUACGAGAAGACACUCCCAAAAACAAACGAAGCCCAAAAUCUCUCCGCUCAUAAACUCCAGGGGAGAGCAAGAGAGAAAAAAGGGAGCAGAUAUGAGUGGGGGAGAUGUGAUGUGCUCAGGGUGGCUGAGAAAGUCUCCUCCUGAAAAAAAGUUGAGACGUUACGCAUGGAAGAAGCGGUGGUUUGUUCUUCGCAGUGGCCGUCUGACAGGCGACCCAGACGUGUUGGAGUACUACAAGAAUGACCAUGCCAAGAAGCCCAUCCGUGUGAUUGAUCUUAACUUGUGUGAGCAGGUGGACGCUGGGCUGACGUUCAACAAGAAGGAUUUGGAGCACAGCUUCAUAUUCGACAUCAAGACCAUUGACCGUGUCUUCUACCUGGUGGCUGACACCGAAGAGGAGAUGAAUAAGUGGGUUCGCUGCAUCUGCGACAUCUGUGGUUUUAACCCCACUGAUGACGAGGCAGCAAAAGCUGCUCACCAGUCAGCCAUCGGAGGCCUUGUGGUGGAUACCCCCCCACACCCAGCACUGGGUAAUAUUGUUGGUCCAGCAGCAGUGCUGUCCAAUGUGCCACCUCCAUACCAGCCGGUCAGUGUGCGACACCUGGACUCUCAGUCCAGUUCAGAGGAGCCUCAGGAUUACCUGUGGCUGGUCAACUGUGAGAGCAAAAAGCCUGAACCCAACAGAGCCCAUGCUGAGUGUUCCAAGUCUACCUCUUCAGAGACGGACCUGAAUGACAACCUCCCCUCUCACCGCACGCCCACAUCCUCCACCUCCUCGGCUAAACACACCUCACACAACGGCUUCUUCCCACAGCACCCGGCCCCUGCCUCCGCCUCUUCCAUCUACGACUCGCCUCCAUCACGCGGUGCCUCGCUCUCAACUGACAGCGGCCUUUACCACCUCCCUCGCAGCUACUCCCAGGACACUGUGCUGCUCCCUAAGUCAGCCUCCUCCCCCUCAGCCCAUCCGGACAGCGGGGAUGGCUCUGAGCUCUAUGUCUUCAACACACCAUCACGGAAGCCCUCAAUGGAGACACAGAUCCGCAACCUUUCCAUCAGUUAUGAUAUCCCACCAACACCUGGCGCAAACUGUACCUACCAGGUGCCCCGCACUUUGUCAAUGUCGACAGGGGUAGUAGGCUCAGAGGGUGGGGGAGAUGUAGUACCCCCUCCCAGACCACCCAAGCCUUCGCUCAGUUCCACCUCAGGACCCCCGCCACCCCCUGCUGAGCGCUCACCUACGGACACCUAUUGUGUGCCCCGCUCAGCGUCAGAGACGGAUGGAAACUACUGUGUGCCUACUAGUGCUGGGAAUAAGGCUUUACGCAGCAACACUAUUGGCACUGUGGACUGUUCACGCAUCCGCAAAGAUUUUGGAUCCCAGGAUUGCUACGACAUACCUAGAUCAUUCCCUUCUGACAAAAGCUGCUCAUUUGAGUUCAAUGAGAACCUCAGCAGCUACUUUAAAAACAAAGGAAUGAUGCCAGUGGGUAGCCAGUCCACAGAGGAGGUAGACCAGAACUAUGUACCCAUGAGUGCCAACUCCCCAUCACACCAUCACUCGGGCAGUUUGCCAGAGCCGAUGCACGAAGCGAACUAUGUGCCCAUGACCCCAAGCACCAUGGAGUUCUCCUCCCUCGGAAAGCAGGUCCCCCCACCCGCCCACAUGGGCUUUCGCUCCAGUCCCAAGACCCCUCCUCGCAGGCCAGUGCACGGUGACCAGCCCCCACCUGUCGACCGAAAUCUCAAACCUGAUCGCAAAGGUCAGAGUCCUAAAAUAAUAAGAGCAAAAGGUGUCGGUUUAGAGCGAACCGACUCUCAAACCGUAGGUGAAUUCCCGAGGGGACGACGCAAGGGAAGACCUGCUCCACUGGAGAUUAAACCACUGCCAGAAUGGGAGGAGCCCUGUACACCUGUCCGCUCGCCUGUCACACGGUCAUUCGCUCGGGAUUUCUCUAGGUUUCCAAUGCCAACAAGACCCCCGUCAGUGCAUAGUACGGCUUCCAGCACUGACUCCGAGGACACUGAGGAGAAUUAUGUAGUCAUGUCCACAGAUGAACCAAACAUGAAGCUUGUUGCGCCCAUGACUGCGGAUGGUGGGAGCAGCCCUAUGGUGAAGCCAAAAGGAGACAAACAGGUGGAGUACCUGGAUUUGGAUCUUGACCCUGGCAAAUCUACCCCACCUAGGAAGAUGAAAAGCAACGGAACUGGCAUGGCAGCGUCAGAUGAGCGCGUUGACUACGUGGUUGUGGAUCAGCAACGGACACAAGCCCUUAAGAGCACCCGGGAGGCCUGGAACGAUGGCCGCCAAUCCACAGAGACAGACACCCCUUCCAAAGGACCCAAGUGACCCUGUGGUCCCAAACGCCAACCCACCAUCCAAACCUCCAAACCACUGGGCCUUUUACAUUAGUGUAAGCUCUGGUUUGUGCUUUGGGACGGUCCAGCUGUCAUGUUCCACCUCAGCAAGAUCCUUAGUGCGUAGGGGCCAGUGGAGCUUCAUAGCCACUCAACUGUCUUUAGUUUACACUGCUGCACGGCCUAGGACAGCACUGUGUGUACAGUUGUAGGGAGGGGAGUGAGCCAGGAAUAAGCUGUAUGCAGUAUGAAAGCAGGUGGAAUGACUGGACUUGUCUUCGGGGGUUUGACUUAAGCAGACUCACAAACUUUGAACAUUCACUGCCUCCUAUGUUGGAUUAGAGUUUUUUGUUCUGUUGUUGACCUCUCAGUGGCCGGUGAGCGGAUCCAGACUUUAACAUUUCCUUAAAUUAUAAUGCUGUUUGAUGUCGUAUUGGAGUGUAAGGGAAAUCACCUGAUAACAUGAUUACAAUAUUUCGUCAAUGCAACACUCAACUAGUUAGGAUAGCUGGUUAACAGUGUUGAUUUUUUCAGUUUCUCCUGUUUGAGUCUGGUGAUGUUUUUCCGUUGGCACUGAUCACAGGUCAGUUUAACAGUUUUUUUUCACUAAGUUACGGUGGAUGGCUGAAACUGACCCCGAUCUGCGUCUGAGGCAAACUUCAAACCUGAUCCCUAAGAUAACCAAGUACGAUAGAAUUUCAGAGUUUUAUUACUUUUUUUUUCUUUCGAUGCAAAGGCAGUUGAACUCGUUCCUUUUACAUCUAACCAAGUGCUCAAUUUAAGCUUUGGAUUCACUCAAGGUUUAAUCCACUGAACAUGAUUUGAUUUCCAUUGACUUUGUACGUGGAGAUGCUUCAAUCUGUUAUAAUGGAAGUGCAAAGACUGUACAAAAGUGUUAUGUAUAUAAACAGGAAAAGUGUCCUUUAUUUGUAUGGAAUAUCCAGCGUGUUUGACUCGAAGGUAUAUGGAUUCUGCAGGGUAGAAUCCUGUGCCUGACUUCGGUGGUAUCAGGACUUAUGAUUAAUGAAUGAAUUACUGUGAGUUUUUAAAAGAACAUGACAGGUUUUCUAUAAGUUAUGCAAAGGUAUCAAACUUAGGCUAGAGAGAGAGAAAAUCAGGUACUCUUUAUAAAUGCAUACUAAUACAACUAUCCAUUUUCUAAUUUAUUUCUCAAGUUAUUUCAUCAGGUGGAUGUCGUGUCCACUUUUAGCUCAGUAUUCUUGAUUCAUAUGGAGGAACAUUUGCUAAAAGUCUGUUUUUAAAAUAAUUAGUUUGACAAGCGCCGGUCAAUUAGUUUCACAAGUUCAUGAAAUCCCUAAUUUCUCUCUCCUCUUAGGUUUAAUUUAUUACAAAUUGAACUGGCAUACAGUUUUGGGGAAAUUGACUGCCUCCUGUAGUCGACGUGAUGCAUCUUUUCUAGACAGUGAAAAAGUCUUUAUGUCUGCAUAGAUCUGUGCUUUACUAACCUGUGAACUCUCACUCAGAAGUCCCAAGCAUGUGUCAACAAAUCAUUGCUGUACAUAUUUUGCCAUCAAUUAGAUUAACAUGUAUCAUUUGAAAAAUGUGCCUACUAAGUCAUCUUCAUUCUACUUCACUCUUUCCUUACUGCAGUCUCUUUGUGAUAUGGUCUGCAAAGCUGAUGAUGCUUUAUCUUUUUAAUGAAUCUCGACAGAAAAAGUAAAUUUUAAAAAUGGACUAAAUAAAAUCCAACCUCUUA